AUAUAUAUGUCAAAUUACUGUUUUUGUUAAUGGAGUCUGGUGGCUAAGAUAAUAUGUCAGGCGCAUAGUUAUAACAGUUGUGCUGUGUGUGUGUGUGUGUGUGUGUGUGUGUGUGUGUGUGUGUGUGUGUUCAGGUUGGAGGCGGGCUCAGCGCUACCUGUCAGAACCUGAUUUGCUGAUCUCCGGUCACAUGUUCGGCCUGUCGUGCGUGAAGGAGAACUACUCGCAGACCAACGCCUCCACCAUCUCUCACACCAACAGUCUGCUGGCACACACGCAUGGCCUCAAUCAGGUCCUCAGCGGGCUGCAGCUGAAGAUCAGCCUGUUGCACAGCAGCUCUCCGUCACACCCAGACCUGCAGCUGUGGAGGCUGCCGUGGUGGCGGGAGGAGGCGUCGCCGACACCGCCGGCCGGCCCGAGAGGAGAGACGCCCGUCUGUUACGUCAGCAGCGAGCACUGCUACCAGAAGCCCGGUGCAUCGUGGGAGAAGGACGGGCUGCAGACGGCUGCAGUGAAGCAGGAGGACGACACGGAGCUCCGGGAAAUAAAGGCUGAAGAUGUCGACCAGAAACCGGCCGACGCCGCUGCUGACGCAAUCAACAUGGACAGACGCGAACACGCACACGCUCAGACGCGUCCGCCGUCCGAGUGUCAGCUGAACCUGCUGGAGCACGUCGAGUCUCUUCACCACCAGAUCAUCAGCAGGAUGGACAUGAUCGAGAGAGAGCUGGACGUGUUAGAGUCCUGGUUGGACCACUCGGGCGAACUCGAGCCUCCGGACCCUUUGUCCCGCCUCCCACAGCUCAAACAGCGAAUCCGGCGGCUGCUGCGUGACCUGUGCACCGUGAGACACCUGUCGGUCUGGCGCUGACCAAAAAACUCUUAAAACUUUUGGACCCCUGCAAGCGUCUGCCAGACAGACGGAGCAAACAGACGGACGGGCAGACAGACAGACGGAGCAAACAGACAGACGGAACCGACGGACAGAC